AUGGCAAACGACACCCAAACGCCUGAAGGCUACGCCCCCUUUGACUUGUAUCCUUACAACCCAUCUCAGGGUCCAGCAUAUGCCUUCUUGGGCCUUUUCGGAGCGGCGGGUAUUGCCCACUUCAUCAUGAUGUUCCCCUAUCGAGCAGCCUUUCCCAUCCCGAUGAUCAUCGGGUGCGGUAUGGAGGCCGCCGCCUAUUGGUUUCGAUCUCGAUCUCAUGACAACUUGCGACAGACGUUGCCUUUUAUAAUCCAAAACCUACUCGUCCUCGUGGCCCCGCCAUUCCUCGCCGCCACGAUCUACAUGUCUCUCGGUCGAAUCACAAGAGCUCUCAAAGCACAGGAAGCAUCGCUUAUAAGCCUGCGUUGGAUCACCAAACUGUUCGUCUUGGUUGAUCUGAUCUGCUUCGCCACGCAGACUGCGGGUGCCAUCAUGUCAGGCAGUGAAGAUCUGGAAGAGGCCAAGCGAGGCCAGACUAUCAUCAUUGGCGGACUGGUUCUCCAGAUCCUGGCUUUUGCCUUGUUCAUAACCUGCACUCUCACCCUGCAGCUCAGGCUCCACUCAAACCCUCCGGUCCAGUGUGUUGCAGGUGUGAUAACGCACUAUCGUCGAUACUUCAUCGCACUCUACUGCACCAGCGGCUUGUUCUUGAUCCGCAAUUUGGUCAGAAUUAUCGAGUAUAAGCAAGGUGGUGAUGGCCCACUGUUGUCAAAUGAAGCGUUCUUAUAUGUUUUCGAUUGCUGCUUUAUGUUGGCUAUUAUAUUAAUUAUCCUUGUAUUACACCCAGGUCAGCUGAUUCGGAAAGCUCGGCGGUUAGAUGUUUUGAAGGAGGAUUUGCCAUUGUUUCAAGCCCAGCUGACGAGAGACUUGGCACUUUCUCGUCCCCAACCGCGUACGAAUAUGCGUAAACCCCACAAAAAAUCUCGGCUCGGCUGCCAAACCUGCAAAAGACGAAAGAUCAAGUGCGACGAGGUGAAGCCGCAGUGCGGAAAAUGCGUUCAGUUUGGUGUAUGGUGCGACUACUCCCCCCAACCACCAGCUUCCCAGGCUUCUAUCAGCCCUCAGCCCGACAAUCAAUCACGGCGCCCGGGGCGUCCCAGAUCGGAUUGGACAUCAUGGGCUGAGCAGAUCCGGUCUCACGCAGCAGAGUCUACCGCAGAAAGCUCUGGGCAUCUGAAUACAAUGGAUCUUGAGCUCUUUCACAACUACAUGACCAGAACUGCAAGCACUCUUGGCGAUGGUGGUUCCCAGAGCCUUCUUUGGUCCGAAGGGGCGCCUCGAGUGGGAUUUCAACACAACUGCAUACUCAAACUCAUACUCUCAUUGUCUUCAUACCAUCUGGCCCGACUUAAACCUAUCGAUGGACAGCGAUAUUCGUUAAUUGCAGAAAUGCAUCUGACGGCUGCGUUGCAACCAGCCAUGAUGUUGAUCAGUAAUCUCGGUGGAGAUAACAGCCCAGCUGCGUAUCUGACAUCCGUCUUGAUAUGCUUUGUUGCUCUCGCCAAAGGUCCGAGCCCCGGGAAUCUUCUCAUUACCAGCAUCGAAGGGCAAGUUUCAUGGCUUCAUCUUCUUCGGGGUGUACGUUUAGUUGUCGAGUCCACAGGCUGGUCAUGUAUAUUCUCGGGUAUGCUGGCAGAGUAUGCUCCGAUACCUGGCGACGAUACUUCAGAACACAGCGCAACGACCGAUCCAGCCUUAAUGGUUGGCGGCAUUGAAGACUGGCGCUCUUCUUUGAACGGAAUAUCGCAUCUGAUUGCUCAAUUGGCAGAGGAGAAGCUUGGCAACGCCUACGAUCGUGAACUUCAAGCUCUCACUGCAUGCUUUGAAAGGACAUUUCACAAGGGGCAAGACGCUGCCUUGGAUAUAGUUGGUAAGCUUCAGGAUGUUGUAGGCUGGGUCUACCGACUUGGAGACGAUUACAUGGAAGGAUUACGCCAAAGAGACCUCAUCUCAACAGUCAUUCUGGGACAUUUUUGCGUCCUACUUCGGACAGUUGAGGCCCAGUUUUGGUUCAUGCACGGAUGGGCGGCCCAUAUCAUAGGGGAGAUCCUCGUUAUUUCUCCCAACUCUCGACAAUGGCUCUCAUGGCCAAUUUCGUACCUGAACCCAGAAGAAUAGCUUAAUGAUAUCUAGAUUCAGGGCGAUGACUGUCCCCGUCGCCACUGAACUU